CACACACUCAAAAGUAGCCAACUUUAGAGAUAUUUCAUUAGGAAAUGGGGAGAACUAGCUUCACACUAAUUCAAAGAUUUUACUCAAAGAGUAAAGGGAAUAAAAUUACAAACUGGUGCUGCAUUACAAGGCCUUUGGCCGAAAUAAAUAAGGGGGAGAAAACUAAGGGGAAGCUUCCUACCACUUUCCUAGAAUCAAGGGUAUAAUAUCCAUUUGUUUGAUGCCUUUGGUUUGUCCUCAUUGAUCAGUGUUAAAGGGUGAAAAUGGGGUGUCUUUGGUGUGGAGAUUUCGGCCAUGUGAAGGAUGAGGGAAGGGGGUGGUUUGGUUAUGUGAAGGAGUUUGAUACAACACAUCCAAUCCUACCUUAUCCUUAUGCUAUUUUGAAAAAAAACCUCCAAAUCCUUUCUUCGUCUUCGCCGUUGCCGUUGCUGUUGCUCGUCGUGUGCGUCACCAUUGCCGUUGUCUCACCCUCGUACACUCCCCACCAUGCUGUCGCCGUUCCUGUGUCGCCUCAAAAUUUGCUCCACCUCGGCCUCGCCCACCUCACCCUCGAUGUUCGCCGUUGUUGCCGGCCUAGCCUCGCUGUCUCUGUUGCAACACCGUCGCCAUGUCGUGCUUGCUGCCCUGCCAUCGCCGUGCCAUGCUUGCUGCCCCUCCCCGCCGUCGUCAACUUCAGCCUCGCCGUCGUCCCUUCUUUAAGUCAAUCAGAUCCACUCGUUGAAGAAAUAAUAAGAUUAGAACAGAAAAUCUUCUAUUUCGACGAGGUUUUAUUUGCUGAAGGCUCGUGGUACGAACCACCUUACUCCCGUGACUACACUUUGUUUGCUGAAGAACAAAUUGAAGCAAACAAGGUGGCAAUUCGAGAAAGAGCAAAACUUCUCGAAUCAGUCAGGAAGGAAAAGGAGUUCGAAAGGAGAUUAUGCGAAGGAUUAGAAAUGAUGCAGAAAAUGCUGGACGACUUUCAAAGAGAGAGACUAGAAGCUGAGUCUAAAGCGGAUAAAUUAGUCAAUGAUCUCUGCAAGGCUGUUGAACUUAAACGCUCCUUCCAAUCUCAAGAUCAAAUGAGGGAGAUUAAUGUUCAAAAAGAGGCUCUAGAACCUAAGACCAACCCUGAACCCAUCAACCAACAGGUCCCGGUUCUGGAAGAUUCACCUAAUUCCGCACCAUCACAGAAACCCGAGAGCAUAACAACUCUCGCUAGGGCUACUGUGGUGAUGUUACCUGAAUCUCUUCCUAGCCAAGUCCUAACCAGCACAGUCGUACAUGAGGUGGAACCAACUGAGGGACCUGACUCAGAACCACCUACGCUCAUUCAAGAAAAGGAGGAGGAAGUUUUGCCUACGGCAAUAAACGACCAUCUCCUUAAUUGUGUUGUAGAUACACCUCCAAAGGAACCUGUUUUGGAGGAGAUAGAGCCCAUUACCUGCCCCCAAGAUUCCAAUAUCCAAGAGUCUGAGGAGGAAUCUGUUGACGAGGAAAUAUUGUGCAUGGAAAACCCAACUUCGUCUAUAGAAACCUGUGCAAAUAAUGCUUCACUAGUAUAUUUAGACCAAACUUUAUUUGACUCCUUACAUGACGGGUGUAACCCGGUUUGCCCGGAGGAUAGAUGGAGCCAAAAGAGUUGGGAUGAACUUCUGGUAAGUGACACUGAAGACUCAUCCAUGGGGGAAAGCACGGCCGUAAUCAUCAAACCACAAAUGGAUAGUCAGCCUAUUGAAGAUAAGGAAGGAAUCAAUUUCACAACCAAAGCUAAUGAUGUGGAUCAACUGAGGAGACUUCCGCCACCACCCACCUAUCUAGAGUCUCCUCCUUCUAUCCUGUUGCCGCCAAGCCGCAGGGACGAGUCAAGGAUCCUGGACCUUGACCGAGCAAAUAUUCAAACAAGGUGUCAUCAGAAGAGAGUCAGAAGGGUCAAACUUUAUGACUCUCGGAUAGGAAAGUCGCGGAAAAAGUGGAUGCCUCAUCGUCCUUCUUUCCCUACUGUGGACCGUAAUGAGGUCCAACUGAUUGAUGCUGCUUCUAGUACGAGGUUCGAUGAGUGGGGACACUCACGGGUGUUACACGAGUCUGUGUGUCUGGCUCACGACACAUUGACGGACUAUGGCUAUGCAGAGGAGAUGGAGGAGCUGCUUGAGGGGACCAAAUGGCAGCGCCUGCUUCAGCUGAGGGCAGAGUCUAGCCUACCACUGACCAUCGAGUUCUUAUGCUCGAUAUCUACUGUCCCCGAGAUUGAGUCACGCCAGAUGACUCACACUUUGAUCACCGCUGAUACCACAUUUGCUUUCACUCUUCCGGGCCAGUCAUUUCAUUUGACAGUGAGAGAGAUGGCUGUUCGUCUCGGGAUCUACACCCAAGAGGAGACCGAGCAGCCUGAGUUCUACGACGACCCCUUUUGUCUUCCCGCCGAUUUUGAUGCUAUAGCUUUCUGGAGGGAGCACUCAUGUAACGACAAGGAGUUCGUGAACAAGAAGAGUAAGGCACGCUGUUAGAUAUUCGGGAGCGUCAACGAAGACUUUCCUUAGUCCACAAAAGGAAAAACAAAUCAGGAGAAUGAAGCCAAAGUGUGGUG